UUUUGUUGGAGAGGCCUCGGCUACGAUGUAGUUUUGCUGGAUGCUGUUUUUAAGAUUAAGUGUUUUUCCGGUGUCGUUCAAACACAUUCUACAAUUAUUUUACUAAUGUGAAAGCUACAGAAGCCAGUGGCACAAUGGAACAAGAUUUUCCAUGGACGGAGGAGCAAACCUUCUGCUUCAUCCAAGCCAGAGCACGAUUGAAGACAAGUUCCAAUGGAGCUCCUGACUAUCUGUAUCAGUCUGUGAUUGAUGAACUGGGUCUAACAGGUCAGAUCAGUCCUGCACAAGCAAGGAGGCACUGGGAUGCUUUAGUCACCAGGUACAAGGAACUAAGUCAGCCUGCUCUCGAACCUGAAGAUGCUGCCCCUCCUUCCUGGCCAUUCUAUGCUGCCAUGCAGGAUGCCUUUCUCACCAUGCCCCCAUCUGUCCUGCCCAUGCCUGACGGCCAGGAAAUGGAAGAAUCGGGUGUUGAGGGAACUGGAAACGGAUUAGAUGGAACCUUUCACCAGGGACAGUCUGUGGAAGAAAUGGAGGAGGAUUAUGAGGAUGAAGAAGAGGAAGAAGAUGAGGAAGAGGAUGAGGAGGAGGAUGAAGAUGAAGACGAUGAAGAAGAUGGCCUGAUGGACGAAGAUGAAGAUCACAUGGGAGAUGGCUUUGAUGAUGAAGACUCUCAGGACAUCAGUGAAUCUCAAGGGGAGGAUAAUUCACAAGAGAUGGACAGCCUUGAGGUGGAUGAAGUGUGGACAGAACCAAGAAUAUUCCGUUUCAUUGAGUUGCGAGGAGCAAAAGAAGCUGAUAUGGUUGCCCUUGGCCCCUCUCCAGUUUUUGCUGAGAUUUUAGAGGAACUUGGAAUGUCUGAGGACGUAACCCCAGCACAAGCCCGCAAAAAGUGGACCCAACUAGUAAGGAGAUAUCUGGAAUUUAAGGGUCCAUAUGGUGAAAGUGGUAGACCAAUUUUCACUUCCAACCCCAGCAUGAUCACACCAGACUUGAAUGAUGGAGGCUGGCUCUUCUACUCAAGCAUGCAUGCAGUGAUGGAGGCUAUCAAGGCAACCUCUCCAGACGGCGGAACCAAGACAAGGAAGUCGCCUGAAUAUACAUGGUCAGUGGAAGUGACACGCAAGUUCAUCAAGGUCAGAGGAGAGAAACAUGCUGAGAUCUCUCAGAAGGGUCAUAAUGCUGUAUACCAAGAGAUCCUAGAGAAGUUGGGAAUCAGUGACAAAGUUAGUGUGAUGAUGGCAAGAAAGAAGUGGAACUAUUUAGUCAAGAGAUAUCAGUUCAUUCAACAUGAAGUUUCCACUCAGUCUUGCUUAAACUUCCAGGAUGAGGAGAUGGCAGGUGGGGAGCGAACCUGGGCUUUCAUGAAGGAGAUGGGCCAGGUCAUGAAGCACUUUAGAGGAGCCAAUGUCAACAAACUAAAGUCAAGAGCAUCACCUGAGUUCUUGUGGCCAAAUGAAUUGACUCGGAGAUUUAUUGAGCUUCGUGUUUCUCGCCAUUCCGAUUUCCUUGAAACGGGGAUACAAAACACUUAUACAGAGAUCAUGGAAGAGCUUGGUCUGGAACACAUCCUGAACCCUAACCAAUUGAGGAAGAAGUGGAACUAUUUGGUUGCAAAGUACAAAGAGCUGUCAUGCACAACUGGACCAGACGGCACUAGCCCUGCACCUCAUUCCUGGCCUUUCUAUGAUGACAUGCACCAAGCCCUGCAACAGAUUCCUGAGAGUGCCUUACAUAGCAAUCGAACUGUCAGAACAAACUUCGAAAAUAUUUGGACUAAGGAAGUUACUACAAGGUUUAUUCAACUCCGUGGCGCUAGACCUCCUGACAAUACAAAAAAAGUCUCCUCAGUAUUUGCAAACAUUGUUGAUGAGCUUGGGUUAACAGGUGUAAUCACACCCAACCAGGCACGCAAGAAGUGGAACUACCUCUGGAGCAAAUAUGUUGACUUGAGUCACCCAGACGUGAGUGAAUAUACCCGCCAGUCUUGGCCUUUCUACACCACCAUGCAGGCCGUGGUUGGUGCCCUCCCUCUCUCUCAGGUCCUUACAAAGAAGGGUUUAGUGGACGAACUUGAAGAGGAUGAGGACCCACAAAAGAAAAUUGUAAAGCGCACAAGGCAGUACACUUGUUUCGUGUGUGGGAAAACAGGUAAGAUCCUCAACGACUUCUUCAUGUAUGAACACGACCAGAGACUUCUAUACACUCAGAAGACUGUAUUGGAGGUCAUCAGCCAUUUAGUAAGCAGAAAGAUGGUCAAUAUGGAAUCCAGCACCUGCUUGUGUUCAGGCUGUACCAACCUUGUCAAUGAAGCUGAUUCUGUCAUCCAAAGACAUGACAGAAUAAAGGAAAUGGUCCAAGGUCUGUAUUAUAGUGGAAUUGCUCAAGCCAAGGCUGACCAGCAGCAGCAGCAGCAGCAGCAGCGUUUUGCAAGAAAUCCAGCAGACGACAGUAGUUCUGAAGAGGAUAAGGAGAUUAAGAGAGAAGAGAGAGUAACAUACAGUCAGCGGGGAAGGAAGCGCAAAGCUACUGUCCUAGCAGAUGAGACUGAAGUUAAAAUCAAGUUGGAACCAAUGGAUGAUGGUUUUGAAAGUAUAGAAUGUGAUGUUGACUUUGAUGAUGACUCUGAAGAUGAGCGCAAGAGACGGAAAACAAGAGGAAGGGGGAGAGGACGAGGUAGAGGCAGAGGAAGAGGCAGAGGCCGUGGAAGAGGUCGACCAGCGGCAAGAUCAACUCUCAUUGGCAGAGGUUUAGGUGGUGCGUAUCCUACUUCUAACAAGCGAAAAAUCUUACCUUACAAAGGACCUAAAAUAUAUCACUGUGCAGAAUGUGAUUCUGAAUUUAAAAAAUACACAGAUCUGAUUACUCAUAAGAAGGAAGUUCACACUGUCAUCGAUAAUACACCUCUUGAGGUUGAGGAGACUAUACUUGAAAAUGGAGUUAUUACUUAUUUUAAUAAAGGUAAAGCAAACAAUUCAGAGACAAGCCAUCCUUGCCGGGAGUGUGACAAACAUUUUCUGCGCAAGGAUGACUUGUGGUAUCAUCAGGAGAUUGCUCAUACUGAAGGGAAGGGCAGGGCUAAAACUGCAUUUAAAGACAGAACCUACGCUUGUGAAGAAUGUGGUGAAACCUUCUUAUUCAAGUACAAACUCAAGAUGCAUAUAAAUAGCAAACAUUUGAAUGAUGCUGGCCAGAAUGCCAACGAUUUCACAUGUGGAGAGUGCGGCUGCAAGCUGGGAAGUCUUCCAGGUUUAACAUUCCACAUGCGUAAACAUCACAAUAAAAGUUUGACGUAUCGCAAGACAACUGAAUAUUUAUGUAGUGACUGUGGGUUCAUGGCGCCAUCAAAUAAAAAGUUGAGGGAACAUCAAGAGGCCCAUUGUGGUUCCUCCACCAAGCCAAAGGUGCAGUGUGAAAUAUGUGGCAAGACCGUCCUUAAAGUGUCCCUUAAAAUGCACAAAGUUAAGAUGCACUCUGAGUUUAAAGAACAGUGUGAUAGAUGUGGAGAACGUUAUGCCACCAAAACUGAUUUAUUGCGGCAUAUCAAUGUUGUGCACCUUCGCAUUCUCCUUUAUAACUGUCAGUACUGUGGAGAAAGAUUCGCUACUUCUGAUGCCCUUCGGUAUCAUAGAGUUAAAAUGCAUGAAAAACCAUCCUUUUAUUGUCAAAUUUGUGGUAAGUGUUAUAAGAGGGUUGGGGAACUUAAUACUCAUAUAAAACGUGCUCAUAAUGACCGUAGGAAGGCAGAGGUUUGUACAUAUUGUGGCAAAGAGUACUAUGACCGUAGCAAGCUGCGUAACCAUCUGGUAAGUAAGCAUAAUAUUCCACAAGAAAUGACCUACUCUGAAAAUUACCUCCGGAAGAAACGUGUUGAUGGGUUACCUUUGGCGAAACACAUGGAAAAACGAUCUGGUAUGGAACAAAAGAUGACACAUAUGGGUCAACCAGGGGUUGUGCAUCAGCAGCAACAACAGCAGCAGCAGCAACAGCAGCAGCAGCAACAACAACAGCAGCAGCAACAGCAACAGCAGCAGCAACAGCAUCCACAUCAUCAUGGUGUAGUUCCACAACACCAACAGCAUCCACAUAUGAGACCAGUUGUAGAUGAAGCAGCAGAGGCAGCCCGAAAUCUUGGAGCAUAUCAAGAAAUCACAACCACAGAGGAUGAUAAUUCUCUGGUAGUAACAGAGAUAACUGAAGCGCCAGCUCAGGUGGAACAGACGGUGCUGGUUGACCCACUAAGUGUCCCUCAGGGCAUGAUGCAUCAUCCCCAGGUGGCACACAUGCAACCCCCAAUGACCAUGCACCACCCCAUGCACCAGCAGAUGCAUCAUCAUGCUGCUAUGUCUCGUCUUGGUGUUCUUUACCAGAUGAACAUGCAUCACCCAGGGCCGUCACACCUCAACAUGUAGUUCAAGGCCUAGUGAGGAAAACUAUGUGUUAGCCAUACUCUGAUGGAGGUUCUUAUUUUAAAGUCUUUCAGAAGAGCACCUAAUCUUUUCAACAUUUAAUUAAUUGCAUACGUUAACAGCAUAUAAGUUUAGUUUUCAUCCAUAAUCACAUGAUAGUAUAAAUUAUGGUGCCAAAUCAGUAGACACAUAUAAGAAUGAAUCAGAAUCGUAUAGUUAUUUCAGGCCUCAGAAUCUCUAGUACAAAAUGAAGAUAUUCUUCAGUAAUGAUUAGCUUCAAAAGUAUCCUAGUAUUGUUUUAAUUGUAUAGUUAUUAAGCUAAUUGAAUUUAUAUUGAAGGACUUCCUAUGGCCAUAUAGUAAAGAAAGUAAGAUUAAUGUUAUUUUCUCUAAUAAUUCCAAAUAAUUUCCUCUUUGUAAGUAGGAGCUGUGUACAUGCAAUGGGAAGAGGGUAAAUCAUCCAAAUUAUUAAAUUUCUUACGUUUGAUUGAAGGGUACAAAGCUUCGUAAGCAGGAAAACUACAUUUUCAAAAAUCACAUUUUUUGUGAUGCAGCAUAGACAUCAGGUAUUAGGAAAUCUGGAGCUACUGGUCAAUAAUUACACAAAAAAUUGAGCGCCACUAAGAACGGAUAGCUUACAUAUGAGAUGGGAAUGUAGCCUACUGCGCAUUAUAGUACUCUGUGCCACAUACCAGCAUGAUUUAUUCCAAACCAAACCUCUGCUAAAUUGACUACAGUGUUGUGCACUUGUAAUGGAGAAUUAGAAUUAUAUAAACAUUAUAUGUACAAGCCAAAAUGUGAACAUCUAAAUCCAGUGUAAAGUAUGUAACAACUUCUAUAUAGUUAUUAUUGAGUCGGGUCUCUGUAAUAUUCUACCUCUUGAACAAGUGUGCUUUUAAAACAUGGAGAACUGGUUAAGAUUUCAGUUCAUAACCUACUUGUAUUAAACACAAAAAUGCCUUUGAGAAUGUAUUUUAUAAUUUAUAUAAAUAUGAAAUCCACAAAUUUGGUUUGCAGCCAACAAAAGCCAAGAAGUUGAUUGCAGGCUGUGUUUUUUUUUUUUUUUUGUUAUUUGUUCUUGUUUUGAUCUUUUUUCUUUUAAGGAGAUAAACUUUGAGAGCAAAAUUCUUUUUCAGCAGUAUCUGCAUUCAGAAAAGGAAAAAUUGAGAGAGGAUGUGUUGAGAUAAUUACUUGUGUUUCUUAACCUCUUGCUGACGGGCCACGCCUAUCGGCGUCAUAACAAACUGCUCAGUCUGCGGGGUACGCCUGUAUGGGCGGUGACGUGCCAGACUGCUUGGAGCGGGAUGAUCGGCUUGAUGUAGUUGACUCCCACACCCAGUGUCUGCCCGUUGCCAGAAAUCUCUAGAGUUUAAAAUUCUCAGGGAUUUUUUUCACCCGUCAGUUUUGGGUUAAUCAGCCAUUGCUCAUCUUAGCCAUCUCCUCUUUAUAAACAUAAACUGAUAAUAAUAUAUAUUGAACACUUAGAAGAAGAAUUGUAUAUAGCCUGAAAAAGUAUCAAAAACACUAAAUACAUCACAUAUACAUGCAAUAACUUUUUAGACUGUCCAUUGGUUUUCUGUCCAGUAGGCCAUGAAGGCCUAAAAUUUCCUAUAGGACAUUUAAGUUUUUGUACUCAAAAGAAUUAAUCAAAACACAUGUGUUACACAUGCAUACACAUGCCCAUAAACAUACACCCUUACAAACAUACAUAUUGUAUAUACAGACAUAACCCUCUCUCUCUCUCUCUCUCUCUCUCUCUCUCUCUCUCUCUCUCU